UCGGUCCUUUUCUGAUUGAUGACUUGUUAUUUUGUAAUUAGAAAAUUAACAUUGGUAGUGGGAAAGAGAUCGAAUAAAAUGUGAACAACGAGAAAGUUAAGGCAGGUGGAAAGGCGUCUACGAAGGAAGGACCAUUUGGCAUUUUUUAAUUCCAAAAUGCGAAGCAAUAAUUAGACCAAGGUGAGAGAAGAUUAUUCAUGUUCUUCUGAAUUAUGGAAAAUGAAGUCUCUUAUGGUUCACGCAUUCGUCUAUCAAUAUUUGCUACAAUUCUUCUCCAAUUCCAAUCAAAUUGCGUCGCCAAGCAGCACCCACAAUGCCCUCCUUCAUCGUGCGGCAAAAUCGGCAACAUAUCUUUUCCAUUUCGCCUCAGAAGUGACCCAAAUCACUGCGGCGACUCAAGGUACGAGUUAGAAUGCGCGAACAACGCGACAUUGUUAACCUUGUUCUCGGGAAAAUAUCAUGUACACGAUAUUGAUUAUAAGAGAUACACAAUCCUAGUUAGUGAUGCGGGUGCAGUAGAGGACACUAAUUGCUCCUUCAUCCCUCGCUAUUUCUUAUCCGAUAGCAAUUUCAGGCCCACGGGCCUGGUUGGCCCAGAUGAUUUUGGAUCAAAGCCGUUCAAUUUGGACUUAGAUACGUUCAGAAUUGGGUACUUCAACUGCGCCAAUCCAGUAACCGGCGAUCCUCGAUAUGCUAAGGUGGAUACGGGCCGAUGUGGGACUCGAGGGCAUGUCUAUGCUCUUUUGGAACCAUCGUAUUUGCAGUAUCGCGUGCAGGACAUCGAGGUUGGGUGUGAUCUUAUGGUGGCUACCUUGGCGAAUUGGAGGAAUCUUUCGGAGACCCAAAAUGGGAAUAUUUCGUAUGAAGAGAUCCAUCAGAUAAUAGUCGAGGGAUUUCAGCUUUCGUGGUUGCCUGUUAUUUGCGAGAAUCGCUGUGGAAAGGGGACCAAGUGUGAGGUUAUCAAUGAAUCCAGUGGAGAAGUCCAGUGUGACAAGCAUUUCUGUCAUUACGCCUAUCAUACGACUGAUAAGUGCGAGCCUUGGCUGAAGAUUUUUGGUUAUACUCGAGCUUAUCUUAGAGGUGUUAUUUUCGGAAUAGGAAGCAGAAUAACUUUUAGCACAAAACAAUUGGAUAACCCAGUUGGAUUGCAAUAUUUUGAUGGUGGAAUUUUCAUAGGACGAAAUGUGAUACCGAUAUACUUGGUGACCAGAUUUCUGUUUGGACUUUUACUUCUCCUUAUGUUAUUGAUCCACAAAUGGCGGCGAAGACAUUUUUCAAUGUAUGAAAAUAUUGAAAAUUUCUUGCUAGACAGUCAUUUAAAUCCCAUUAGAUAUGAAUACAAAGAAAUCAAGAAAAUGACCGGAGGUUUCAAAGUAAAAUUAGGUCAAGGAGGCUUUGGCUUUGUAUAUAAAGGAAAACUUCGAAGUGGAUUGGAUGUCGCCGUAAAGAUGUUGAGCAAAUCCAAUGAUAAUGGGCAAGAUUUUAUCAAUGAAGUUGCUACCAUUGGAAGAAUACAUCAUGUAAAUGUGGUUCGUCUCAUUGGAUACUGUGUUGAAAGAGAUAAGCGUGCUAUAGUUUAUGAAUUCAUGCCUAAUGGAUCGUUAGAUAAAUACAUUUUUUCUAAUGAAGGAAGUAUCUCUUUAAGUUAUGAGAAAAUAUAUGAAAUAUCUCUCGGAAUAGCAAGUGGGAUUGAAUAUUUGCAUCAAGGUUGUGAUAUGCAAAUUCUACAUUUUGAUAUCAAGCCUCACAAUAUUCUUUUAGAUGACAACUUUGUUCCAAAGGUUUCAGAUUUUGGACUUGCAAAGUUACAUUCUGUAAAUGACAGCAUUGUAAAUUUGACUGCAGCAAGAGGAACUUUGGGUUAUAUGGCUCCGGAAUUGUUCUACAAAAAUAUUGGAGGAGUAUCUUAUAAAGCUGAUGUUUAUAGUUUUGGAAUGCUUUUGAUGGAAAUGGCGAGUAAGAGGAGGAACUCAAAUCCUAAUGCAAAACAUUCAAGCCAACAUUACUUUCCCUUUUGGAUUUAUGAUCAAUUUAAAGAAGAGAAAAAUAUUGACAUGGAAGAUGUCUCAAAAGAGGACAAUGUUCUAGCUAAAAAGAUGUUCAUGGUUGCACUUUGGUGUAUUCAGUUAAAUCCAAGUAAUCGUCCUUCGAUGAAUAAAGUAGUGGAAAUGCUUGAAGGGGAGAUUGAAAGUCUUGAAUUGCCUGCAAGGCCUUCUUUUUAUAAAAAUGAAACAAAUAGACAUAAUGAUGAUAUCAGUUCUCAUCUAACAUCAUUAAAUGAUUCCACUGAUAGUUAUCAUGUUGAAAGUAUAAUUGGUGAUUUAAUAAAAAGUAACACUUGACAAAGACAA